AUGUUGUCUGAUGUCGAUUUUUGGUUGAUAUAUUAUCAACGGUACGAAAGGUUCUGGAAAUAUCAGUCUGCUGCUGUACGGUGGUUGGAGGUGCAUCAAGUAGCCCGUAAUCGUGUGUCGAUUAAACCUAGUGGUGUGUCGGUAAAUUCUGUUGAUGUAGACGGAAGUUCUUCAAAUGAAUGUAGUAAAGUUCAGGGAAAGGAGUGUCUAGGCACCAUUCCAAUUCCUUGGAAUUUUCAGGCUAGUUUCCAUAGUUAUGUAUCCGGGCGUCAUACUGUAUGGAUUGGAAAUAGAGGCCUGAAAAUGAUAGACAGCAAUUCUGGAUCAGUAUGGGAUGUGGAACAAACAGUACCUUUAUCAAAUGCAGAUGAAGAUAUUGGAAUGAGUGAAGAGAUGGCCAGUUUUUUCCGGAAAACAAUCGAGCAUAGAAAACAAAGAGAUGCUGAUCGUAAUAUGGAAACCAGGAAAAGAAAUGGUGAUUGGCUUGAUACAGAAGAAUAUGUGAUGGCUGAUAAGAUCGGAAUAUAUGGAUAUGGUUGGCGAUCACUGAACCAACCUGAUGGGCCUGCAGAGAAACAGAAAAAGUUACAUACAAUGAGGAAAUUAUAUGGCAGUAAUGCUGAAAAAAUCUCAGCAAUGGAAGCACAUUUGGAUCUUCGAUUUGAACAGAAUUACUCUCAAUCUGGUGCUCUCUUAUGGCCCAAUAUCCCAUUAAAAUUUUAG